GGAACAGGCGGAAGAAUCGCCAUCAGAUAUCAAAGAUCUUCGUCUUCAUCCCCUUUUCGGCUUUGGCGUGACUGCCAUCACAAGGGGCGUCAUAAAAGCCAAUAGGAUGCCGACUGCUCCGCUUCGGGUGGCUGUUGUGUGUUCCAGCAAUCAAAAUCGCAGCAUGGAAGCACACAAUAUUCUCAGUAAACGGUCAUUCAAUGUUCGAUCAUUUGGAACAGGAACUCAUGUGAAACUUCCAGGACCAGCUCCGGACAAGCCAAAUGUUUAUGAUUUCAAAACCACAUAUGAACAGAUGUACAGUGAUCUACUUAAGAAAGACAAAGAACUAUAUACACAAAACGGCAUCUUGCACAUGUUGGACAGAAAUAGAAGGAUCAAACCACGACCUGAGCGAUUUCAGAACUGCAAGGACUACUUUGACCUAGUGAUUACCUGUGAGGAAAGAGUCUAUGAUCAAGUAGUAGAAGAAUUGAAUUCUAGAGAGCAAGAGACAUGCCAGCCAGUUCAUGUUAUAAAUGUUGAUAUUCAAGAUAACCACGAAGAAGCAACUCUAGGAGCAUUUUUGAUUUGUGAACUUUGCCAAUGUAUACAGCACACAGAAGAUAUGGAAAAUGAAAUAGAUGAACUUUUGCAAGAAUUUGAAGAUAAAAGUGGCAGGACCUUUCUCCAUACUAUCUGUUUCUAUUGAUGCAAAUCCUCUCAGGCCUUAUAAAUGACUAUAUCGUUAUUGGCCUUUUUUUUUUCUCGUCCCCUCCCUUUCUUUCCUACAUUUUACUUUGACAAAGUGUUUUCCUCCUUCAGGUAAUUUAUCUGGAAAAGGCAGGGAUGUAUAAAUGUUUGUGUAUAUAUGGAAAGGAAAAUUUUAAACUGCAACAGAUAUUCAAGCAAAAUCAAGAUUGCCUGCAAUUGUGCUGGAUAAAGUAUUAUUUGGAUUUCUUUUAUAUAUUUUCUUUUCAGAUGUGGGUUAUUUCUGUUGUGGUUCUGUUUGCUUUUCUUAACCCCUUUUCUGUCAGGAUUCUCAUAACGUAAUGGAUCUUUUCAGUGAAGGGGUUAACGCUGACUCUAAUCUCUGUAAUGGCAGACCUAAAUAUGAUGACUAUUGUCAGUAUCUGUAAUAUAAUAGGUAAUAAAUUGCAAAUGUA